AUGGCAGCGGGGCCGUGGGGCUGGGGGCCGGCGGCGCUGGCGCUGCUCCUUGCGCUGCUGCUCGCGCUGCUGCUCGGUGGCGCGCGCCGCCUGCGGCGCCGUUACGCGGCCGACGGGGCUCGCGCCUCCCUGAGGGGAAGAGCGGCGGCGCGGGCGGAUGGCGUCCGCGCGUUGCUGGUGACGGCGCACCCUGAUGACGAAGCGAUGUUCUUCGCCCCCACGGUGCUCGGCUUGGGCAGGGCCGGAGCCCGCGCCGCGGUGCUGUGCUGCUCCGCAGGAAAUUAUUACAAUCAAGGAGAGAUUCGUAAGAAAGAACUGGAACGGAGUUGUUUUCUUCUGGGGAUUCCUGCUUCCGAUGUAACAGUCAUUGAUCACAGGGAUCUUCCGGAUAAUCCUGCUGUUGAAUGGGACACACAGCUCCUCACCGCCUUUGUGCUAAAGCAUAUAGAAGCCAAUAACAUCAACCUGGUGGUAACCUUUGAUGCGGGAGGAGUGAGUGGUCAUGCUAACCACAUUUCUCUUUACACUGCUUUAAGGUACCUGCAUUCAGAGCAGAAGUUGCCUGAAGGGUGCCAUGUGCUCGUGCUAGAAUCAGUAAAUCUCUUCCGGAAGUACAUCUCCAUCCUGGAUGUACCCGUUUCCUGCCUCCUGCCCAGAGAUGCACUCUUCAUACUCACAGAGGAGGAGACUGAACAAGCCAGGAGAGCCAUGCGGUGUCAUCACAGCCAGCUCCUCUGGUUUCGCCACAUCUAUAUGCUUUUCUCACGUUAUAUGGUGAUCAAUUCACUCCGCCUUCUGUAAAAGAGAUGUCGCUCACAACUUCAGGAGUAAAAGAAUGAGCGAGAA